CGUGUGAAGGGGAGGAGUCACAACUGUACUUAUGGAUGCGGGUGAUGGGGGUGAACAUAUGGACUGGUGCUCCACAAAGCGAGGGAUUGGAAAACAGUGCUUUGGAUAUCGCUUGGAGACGCGACUGUUUGUGGCGGGGCGCGCACUCAUCUGCCCAAGGCGUUUGCCAAAGAGACUGCACGCGCGCUUUGAGAACAAGGAAGCAAAGCGGAUUAAUUUUUGUUUUGUCAGUACAGGAAGGAAAAGAAGAACACAGUAAACUGAUUUUGUGUUCCUCUCCUUUUGUGUUUUGGGUCAGACAGCAGAUUAAAACCUGGAUAAUCUUUAUCUUGGGGUUUAGCAAACGGACACACUGAAGUUAGAAACUGGAAUAUUUUUGUAGCCUACAUUAUAAAAAAAAACCGGUGCUGCACUUACAGUCAAUGUCAGUUUUCAAAAAAGAAAUCCAAUAAUUCAGUGACAUUGACAGCGCCUUGUUUUGAAUUUUAUAGCAGCCACGGCAAUCGCCCAUGUUCUUGCGUUAUUAGCCACUAAACGCAAAAUAUUAUAUUUAGAACUGACAUGUUAAUAAGCAACUUCACGUAAAAAUAAAGACUUUCGUAGUAUCCCGAGAGACGCUAUUUAUGUAUACAUUUAAAUUGUUAUCAGAGAUCUGACUAACGGGCGCUUGUCCAGGCCAGCACACCUCCGAGCAUCACCGUUUAAUAUUUGCUCGCCAUAACGGGGACAUAACAUCUCAAUUAGCAACAUGACGGAUGGACCGAGACAAAGAGGCAGCGCGGCGGCGAGCACCAGCAGCCUGGAUGGAGCGUCGGACACCGGGGCAGCUGCAGGAGAGUCGGUGGGGUUGAAGAAGGAGAUUGGUCUCGUCAGUGCUUGUGGUAUUAUUGUUGGUAACAUCAUCGGAUCUGGAAUCUUUGUUAGUCCAAAGGGAGUUUUGGAAAAUGCAAGUUCAGUGGGCCUGGCUCUCAUCGUGUGGAUCGUUACAGGUGUUAUCACAGCAAUCGGAGCGCUCUGCUACGCUGAGCUAGGUGUCACUAUUCCCAAAUCCGGAGGGGACUAUUCUUAUGUCAAGGAUAUCUUCGGAGGACUGGCAGGGUUUUUACGGUUGUGGAUUGCUCUGUUGGUGAUCUACCCCACUAACCAGGCUGUCAUCGCUCUCACCUUCUCCAACUAUGUUCUGCAGCCUCUGUUUCCCACCUGCUUCCCACCUGAAAAUGGACUGCGUCUGCUCGCCGCCCUCUGCCUGUUGCUCCUGACAUGGGUGAAUUGCUCUAGCGUGCGCUGGGCAACACGGGUGCAGGACAUCUUCACUGCAGGGAAACUCCUGGCCCUCAUUCUCAUCAUCAUCAUGGGCAUCGUACAGAUCUGCAAGGGCGAGUAUUACUGGUUGGAACCAGCCAAUGCUUUUGAGCCAUUUCAAGACUAUGAUGUUGGUCUGAUUGCGCUGGCAUUUCUACAGGGCUCGUUUGCCUACGGUGGCUGGAACUUUCUCAAUUAUGUCACAGAGGAACUGGUUGACCCAUAUGUAAACCUCCCUCGUGCUAUCUUCAUCUCUAUUCCCCUUGUGACCUUUGUGUACGUUUUUGCCAACAUUGCUUACGUCACUGCCAUGAGUCCUCAAGAGCUGUUGGCAUCUAACGCAGUUGCUGUGACGUUUGGUGAGAAGUUGUUAGGAGUGAUGUCAUGGAUCAUGCCCAUCUCUGUGGCCUUGUCCACAUUUGGGGGGGUCAACGGCUCCCUUUUCACCUCCUCUCGGCUGUUCUUCGCGGGUGCUCGUGAAGGCCAUCUGCCCAGCCUACUGGCUAUGAUUCAUGUGAACCGCUGCACCCCUAUUCCAGCCCUGCUCUUUACAUGUAUCUCCACACUUCUGAUGUUGUGCACUAGUGACAUGUACACACUCAUCAACUAUGUGGGCUUCAUCAACUACCUCUUCUACGGUGUCACUGUUGCCGGGCAGAUUGUGCUACGGAUCAAAGAACCAGACAUGUACCGACCAAUUAAAAUCAGUCUGGUAUGGCCGGUCAUCUAUCUGCUGUUUUGGGCCUUCCUGCUGAUUUUCUCCCUGUACUCUGAGCCUGUGGUCUGUGGCAUUGGUUUGGCCAUCAUGCUCACUGGUGUCCCUGUCUAUUUCUUGGGCGUUUACUGGGACAACAAGCCUCAGUGUUUCGAUAAAUUUGUCGAUAAGAUAACAUACAUAGGUCAGAAGUUCUGUGUAGUGGUUUACCCAGCAGAAGACAAAAAGAAAGACAAGGAGUGUGAAGAAGAGAUCGAGCUGAAGGAACAAUCGGCCCCACUUUCAGGAGACGACAGCGAGACACCGAAAUCAGCUGCUGAGUGCUGAACAGACAAAUAGAGACACACUUUCAUUCAUUCACUCACAUACUUACUGAACACUGGAAAUCAAAGUCAGAUUUUUUACAUACCUCCAAUAGGUUUGUUUUGUUGGUUUGUUUAGGCCUUUUCAGUUUUGCCUUUGUUGUUUUAAAGAGGGGGUUGCACGGGAGUGCAGUGGCUUAAUGCAGGAGAGAGUCAUGAACAGACACUAACAGCUGCUGGUCUUGUAGCUCGAAUCUUAGCAACUGCUUCUCCUUCAGAAUUAAAACAUUACAAUGCCUGAAACAUAAAGCUCAAAAGUUAUAUAUAUUUAAUGUAUAUAAACACUGUUUUGGAAAGGUCUGAAAUGGAACGUGUAAUUCCUGUUUUGCGACAAACAUUGUUAAAAUACCAAACGAUUAUGUGGCUUCAUGAAAUGGCAGGGUUUGUUUGUUUUAUUUAUUUAUUUAUUAUUCGGCGCAUUCUAAUGUUAUAAUUCGUACCCCUCUCAUCCCCCUCUUUAUUCAUGUCAUUUAAGGACUCAUCAUUUUUAUAAACGCAUAAACUAUUUGAUUUUAUCUACACAUUUCAUUUCACUUUUUUUUGGAGUAUAAUUUUUAUAUUUUUGAUUGUCUAAUCACAUUUUUGUCACUGUAAUAUUAAUUUUCCUUUUUAAGUGUGAUAGCUCUGGGAUGUCUUUGAAUCAUUUUGUAGACAUACAAGAACCAGUUGUUGUGGUUCAGGGUCGUUUUCAGCCAGGUUUCUCUGGUACUAAUACAAUUCAAAGUAUUUUUUUGCCUUAUUACUUUACAUACACCUUUAUGAAGUUAUUGUCAAUGUUAUUAUUGAUGUCAAAAAUAUUUUGUUUUCUGAUAUUUUUGAAGAUAAAGUGUUAAAAACCUGAAGAGGAUAUUGUGAAUGUGUGUUGUAAAAGUAAAUUACAUUUUUGUGCACAGAACUGAGGGCAUAAUAGUGCAGACUGCUAACGUGGAAAACAAAAAGAAAUGUAUAGCCAGUGUCUGUAGUAUUGAUGUAUUAAAUGUAAGAACGUAAUAGUUCAAUAUUUUUGGUCCUACCAUUGAUUUUAAGGCAAUACUAGUGAUGAAUAUUCAAAAAAAUUCAGAGUCAGAUAUAUAAUACAUAAAUAUAUAAAUGUGUCUUAAUUGUGUUGGAUUGUAUGUUAAUAUAGAUGCAAAACAAGGGACCUUUAAAACUAGAAAAUCUGGAAUUUUAAUCAUAUUCUGGAUAAUUACAGUACAUCGAUAUACUUAACAAUAAAAACAUUUCAAUUUAAUUUUAAAAAUUAACAAAAAUAUACAUGAUAUUGAUAUACUUAACCUUUUUUUUUCCAAUUUUGUACAAAUAAACAUGAUAUAUUUAGUUGUGGAUAUAUUGUCAUACAGUUCAAGAAUACAUGACUUAAGUAAAUUAAAAUCACUGUAUCCUGUUCAACACUUCUUGGUGAUCACAGGGUGUUUUUUUUUUAAUGUCACCUUUUUCUAUUUAAUAUAAACUGUGUAAAAAUGCCAAUGGUUUUGCUUUGUUUUUGUGCUGUAUAAAAGCAAUAGAAUGCUUAUCUCCAUAUCCCAGUGUAAUUCAUGGCACAUUCAUUUUGCAUGAGAUUUCCCCCUCGACAUUCCCAAGACACUAUAUUAAACUAAAUCUAUAAUCUGAUUUUAUUUCUUCUGCUUAGUUGAUGAGAGGUUGCACACACUUUAGUCACUGUACAUAAUAUCAAAGGUGCGGAGCAUCUUUGGUUUUAUUGAUGCUGCUCCUGAGCUGUGUCUCAAUAUCCAGCACUGCCAGCUCUGUUGUCAACACAAUAUUUUAUACAAAAAAUGACUGAAAAUGCUGCAAUUAAAGGUUUAAACUAUCUAUGCCCACAAACACUAUUAAGCGGGGAUACCGAAGUCCAUGCAAAAUGAAAUCUCUGUACAAUUUUGCACACGUUUAGUACUAUCAGUAACAAAAGAUUAUAUUAGUAUUUUGAAUGUCCUUGUCACAAUCUAUAAGUGAAUGAUUUUAUAGAUGUAUUCAAACAUGUACAGUCUGAAAGUAUACAGAUAUCAUAAAGCUCAAAAAUACCACUUACACUUAACUGUUGGGUGAACGGUUUUUACCAGAGUCUUUAUGUUUCUUAUAAGUUUUGUAUUUGUUUCAACUGUAUAUACUAAACAACAAAUAAAUCUAUAUGCUGAACCAAAA